UCAAAUCGUGGACUCAGUGGUGGCUGAGACGAGGCGGCAGGUGGAUGUGCGGCUCUGUAUCCUGUAUCCCCGUGUCCUGUGUCCCCUCCACGUCACCUGGGCCGUCCUUGUAACCUGUCAUCCCGGGCCGCCCACCUGCACGCCCUCACCUCACUUGUCCCAGCCACACCUUUCCUGAAGCCUUAAUUAACUAAUUACACCUGUUGACGUGGCAGUUCAGUAAUUAACCGUCCCACCUGUAGCUUGUUAACGUGUCACCUGUAAUUAAGCUCACCAGUGCGGAUUUUUAACUCCUUUGACACCUGUAUUUACUUGCGGCUUAUUAAUUUAUCCUGCAGCUAAUUAAGUUAUUCGUACUUCUAUCAGUUCUCACCAGUAACAUAAACUUUUCCUGCACUUUUUAUUUUUACGUGUAACUUCUAAAUUCAUCUGUAUUUCACCUGUAUUUGUAUGUAGUUAAUUAAUACUCGCUCAUACCUCCAUAUCCACCUGUCCUUACCUGUAAUACCCAUGAGACACACCUGUACACCUGUCAGACUCACCUGUAUUGUUAGGAUCACCUGUAGUAGUGUAUCAGGUUUCAUUUGUUUUUAAUAUAUUAGUAUUGUAUUAGUUUUGUUAAUUGAAAGGUGUUUUUAUUGUUGUUAGGUUAAGUUAUGUUAGGUCAGGUCAGGUCAGGUCAAGUGCUCUCACUCAUCUCGUUACCUGUUCAUUCCACACCUGAGUCACUUUUCAUCUACCUCACUUAGAAAAGGUUAUUUAGAUAUUUUAUGUGAGUAUUCGUUUUAUUUAUAUAUUUAUUUAUUUAUUUGUUUGUUUGUUUGUUUGUUUGUUUUACUUAGUUAUUAUCCUUGUCACAGUAUAUUUAGAUCUCCCAGCUGCACGUCUCUGCUGUCACACACACACACACACACACACACACACACACACACACACACACAGGUGGGAUGAGCUACUUAAGAGGUGCAGGUGAUAUUUAAUUGGUGUAUGUCUCCCACACCGCCUCCCAUGCCACACCUCACCAAGAGCCCCCCCGCCACCCGCAUCAGACACCACAGUCUGUCUGGCGUCAGGUCUGCCUUAAUGGAAGAGGAUGGCGGUGAAGGAGGAGUAGGAGGAAGAGGAGAAGAAGAACGAGGAGGAGGAGGAGGAGAAGAAGAGGACACCAGGAUGCCAGCUGUUGUCACUCAUUCCCCAGCAGCAGACAGAAGGCCGCCCCCCAACCCAGGACUGAAACACCCCCGAGCCCUGGUGUUCCUGGCCCUGUGGUACAUUUUUAGCGGCUUCACUCUCUUCCUCAACAAGUAUAUUUUGACGUACCAGAAGGCCGACCCCCACGUGCUGUGUGGUGUGCAGAUGUUCAUCACCAUGGUGUGUGGACUGGUGCAGAUGAGACACCCGCUAGGCACCUACAAGCCUAUACCCAACCAGCGCAAACCUGACAACUUUCGAAGGGGGAUGUUUCUUCUCGGCCUGCUUCAGCUGGGUACCAUAAUGUUUGGACUCAUUGCUAUUUACUACGUAGCGGUGAGUUUUGCCGAGACUGUCAAGAGUUCGGCACCAAUAUUCACUGUACUCAUCGCCUGGUUGCUGCUGGGGGAGAGAACGAGCUGCUUUGUGCUGGCGUCGCUGGUUCCUGUGAUGGCUGGCCUCGCUCUGUGCUCGAGUCAUGAACUGUCUUUCUCCUUCAUUGGGUUCCUAUGUGCUCUGGCCACCAACCUGUGCGAGUGUCUGCAGAGCGUGGUGUCCAAGAGCCUCCUGUCCCAGCGAUCCUAUGUUUACAGUCCUGCCGAGCUGCAGUUUUACCCCAACCUAGCGGCGGUGUUGCUGCAGCUGCCCACCUGGUACUUCCUGGUGGACUUCAACAAGCUUGGCCACCAGCUGGACCACUCCCUGCUGACGGCCAUCCUGCUUGACGGCAUUUCCUUCCACGGCCAGACCAUCACUGCCUACGUUCUUAUGUCCUAUGUCAACCCUGUCACUUAUAGCGUUGCCAAUACAACCAAACGCGCGUGCCUCAUCUGGCUGUCGGUGAUAGUGUUUGGCAAUCCCGUGACGCUGCUGAGCUGGCUGGGCACGGCGGUGGUGGUGGUGGGCGUGUUGCUGUACGGACGGGCUAGAGAGGUGGAGGAGCGGCGGAGGGAACUCUUCUCAAUCACCAGGGACAAGAUGGAGGCAAUCAGAUAGGGAGAGAGAGAGAGAGAGAGAGAUGGGGGGAUAGGGGGAGGGUAGGUGUUGAUAGGAAAUGAGAGAGAGAGAGGGGGGGGGGAAGAGUAAGUGUGUGCGUGCGUGCGUGCGUGCGUGCGUGCUUGUGUGUUUUAUGUGAGUGAAAAGAGUGAUGAUGAAAGGUUUAUUUUUCCUGAUCUUUAUUUCUCUUUUUCUUCUAAUCUCUUAUUUUCAUUCUAUUUUCUCUGCUUUUCCCUGGUUGGUUUUCUUGUAUACUUAUUUAAGAGAAAAGUUUGGUGGCUUUGUUUUAGAUGGAGAGUGUGAGGGAGGGUGUGUUUGAGAGAGAGAGAGAGAGAGAGAGAGAGAGAGAGAGAGAGAGAGAGAGAGAGAGGACAUGUAUAUAAGAUUUAGAAAUAUUUUUGAUGAACAUAAUCCCAUAAUAACCCUGUACCAUCAUUAUUAUUAGUCAUUAUUUACUGGUCCAUCUCAAAUAAGCUGCCAGUUCAUAUAUUUCUGUAUCUCUCUAUUUCAGUUCACUAUAAGAGUUUUUAAGAUAAUGGUAAUAAUUGCACCAGUACUUAAUUUGAUAUCAGUGCUUGGGAAAUGAGCUUUUUUUAAGAAUAUUGUAAGGAAACUGUGAAAAUCUGUAUUGGUUUUGUCGUCUUGCAUCAGAGAAGGUAGAUAUUAUUAUUAUUGUUAUUUACAUAUUUUUUACUCAUUGUAUUUAUUUAUUUUUUAUUUAUCUAUUUUAUUUUUUUAUUUAUUAUCAUUUAUUUAUUUACUUAUUUAUUUCUUGGGUUAUUAUUAUUAUUAUGACAUUUUUAUUUUAUUGGAGUGCUAACUGAGUACGGAAUGAUUCAAGGUUCUAAUGGUGCCUAUCCACAGUGCCAUUGUUGUAGCUGAUUGUUGAUUUACUACUAGUUAUAUUUACCCAGACUUACUGACCUGUCCUUGUGUGUGUGGCAGAGUCUUUGUAACACACACAAAUAGACAGAUAGAUAAAUAGAUAGCUAGAUAAACAGACAGACUAAUCACACACACACACACACACACACACACACACACAAUACAGUAUUAUGUAUGUAUGUAUGUCCCCACCAGUCUCCUCCAUGCAGAUGUAUGUAUUUGUUUUUAUUUAUUUAUUAUUUAUUGUUUAUUUAUUUUUUUGUUUAUUUUUUGUCUCCAGGGGUAAAAAUUUUCAGUGUGUGUAUUUCAAUGAUGAGUUUUUAGUAUGUGUGUUGUUUCUCUUCACUUGUAAAUCUUGUCUUUUCCUUCUUUCAUUUAGAUUUUGUGAAAGAUUUUUUUUUCAGUGAUAAUUUUUUUUUUUCCUCACUGGCAAAUCUUUCACUUCAUCAAACUCGUCUACUUUUAAUUUUUCCAACUUUUUUUUUUGUCACUUCCUUUUAUAAUCUCUGUCUUAUUUCCUUUUCUAUAUAAUCUCUAAGUCAGUCUUCCAUACUUAAUUCCAGUUUACGUAGGUAUUAGACUUAAGCUCUCUCUGUUUUUCCUCUCUCUAGUUUUCAACAAGUUUUUACAAAGUAUUUUAAUCUUACAAGCAUCUUCUGGGCACAAGUUUUACAUAAGAUAAUGGCAGCAACAAGUGUGAUUAUUUUUGCAGGCAUUUAGUGUUUUAUGAGUGUUUGUUAUUGUUGACAUUAUGAAUAAAUAUUUCCUAAUGA